CAUGUUUAACAUAAUAGACCGUACCGUCUUUUGGUCCAACCAACCAAAACAGAACACCACAUUAUUCAAGUUAACUACAACAGCUGAAGAUUUUGUAAUGCUGUACUUCUACAACAACAUACUAUCUGACACCAGCAAAGACCAUUGAAUGAAUGGAAAAAGAAGACUUUAGUGGAAGUAUUUGCAAGUUUUGCAGGCAUGAAUGACUGACAGUAGCAGGAGCACAGCACAACAGGUUGAACUGAGUUAACAACUUGCACAAACUGCAACAAAGGUGUAUCAGUAAGCCAUGGAGCAAAGACACAGAGAUCUCCUUUGCGCCAACAGUUUUGAAAUAACAAGCGACUUGCGGUUCAGAGACAUUCGGGGGUACCUAUUGGACAAGGGGGUACUAAGUGGAGAUAAUCUGAAUGAGAUUGAAAGUAAAAAGUUACGUGUAGACCAGGCGAAAGCUCUGUUAAACAUUCUUCCUACUAGAGGACUAAAUGCAUUUUCGGUGUUCCGUGAUGCUCUCAAGCUUCAUUAUCCACAUCUGGCACGACUCUUGGAUGAUGAAAGUCAGCAUGAGCCACUCAAGGGAGAGCCACGCAUUUUCAUCAUCCAUGCGGGAGAAGACAAAGAACACUUUGUCCGUCCACUGGUAAGCGCCCUGAGGCAAAAGGGUUUGAAGGAAGACGAUAUCUUCUUUGACGAAGUCUCCAUCAAACCUGGAGAACACAUUCGAGAGAGAAUAAUGUCAACCUUGUCGAGUGAUGCUCUCCAACUUGCUGUCAUUGUUGUCAGUAAUUCAUUGCUUAGCAAGAACUACUGGCCAAAAUUGGAACUUGAAAAAUGCCUGAACAAGAAAUGUGUGUUUCCAAUUUGGUUGGACGAAAAUGAAGACAAUUUCAAAGCAUUCAGUGAAUUGGUAGGGAACUAUUCGCCCACGUUAAAGCAGAUGAGUGCAAGACGUGUCCAGAGAACAAGUGUUGAAAGUGAGCUGGCAAACAUUGCUACUGAAGUGGUUCAGCAGCUAUCUGCAUUGGAAAAGUCUCAACCCACAGCAAUCCAGAUGCUCCUGCAUGCGGCACCAACAUCUGCAAGAUCAGUAGAUUCUGUCUCGUCAGAUGAAGGAACAGGUAGCGAAGAUGAUGGCACCGGCCUUGAUGAUCAACUGCUAAUACAGGAAAAGCUCAAGGAAAAGAAAAUGGAAUCUGAAUUGGAGAUAUUAGAAAAGUGGGGAGACAUUCAGUUAAAAUGGCUAGAAAGAGCAAGUCAUUUUCUUUCAAAAGAGAAGGUAGAACAGCAGACAGAAGAAAUGUUUGCACAGCUUCGUCAGAAAUUUGACAUUUUGAUGGUUAAAGAAGGCUGUGCAAUAGUUCACCUAAUCCCAAACAAUUUGACAGAUUUAGACAGGUUCUGGGCAGACUAUAAGUCUGGACAACUCAGUAAUGAACUCUCACAACGUCUUAUUACUGAUGAGAUGCGAGCAGUUGUCGGGCAGGACUUGGUGGUGCAAGUCAUCAUGCUGGAGGAGCAGUAUAGGCGGUGGAGAAAAUAUUUGACUGAAAGUAGGUAUCACCAUCUUAUAAAUUCUAUAAGCAUACACAACAUCUGA